AUGGCCAUAGCGACUGACACCAAAACUCCACGCAAACUCCUGAACAGACUUGCACUCUGCUUCGGCCGUUCCUCACACUGUUCUGCCGACAGCAACGGCUCCCUCGAGCUCAAACAAUCAAGCCUCCGCGACAGCACUACCACAACAUCACCGUGCCCACAACUGCACCGCCUCCAAAUUCUCAACGAACCCUUCCCAAUCUACACUGCCAACUCCGAGAAUCAGCACUCCAUCGCCACGCAAAUAGCCAUUCUCGACUCCCUCUUCGUAGCAGCCAUCAACAACCACGACUACGGUCCGAGCUCACUAAUCUGGUCCAUCUGUCACUCCGACUGGGUCUUCCGCGAUCUGUUUAUCCCAACUCGCUCCAUCAGGAUCGCUGAGCACGUUGCUCGACUGAGACUACUGGAAACCAUGGGCUUCGAUCUGCAGAUUGAGGGCGCAAGGAGGGAGGUGCUCGUGAGUGAGAAUGGGGUGGAAGCAGAGACGAGGGUUGUGGGGAAGAUAAGGGGAUAUGGGGGUGUUUUAAAGGAGUCUGCGAGGUUGAGUUGGAGGUGGGAGAAGGGGUUGUGGGGAGAAGCGGAGGGCAGGUGGAGUUGUGUUAGGAUGGUUACGGAGAGGGGUGUGGUGUGUAAUGUUUUUAGGUCUUGA